UCCUAUUUCACGUAUAACUGUAGAAGAAGAGAGUAAAAAAUUCAGUAAAGUAAGUUUUCUCAUGUGAGGAAGUUUUCUGCAAUAUAGCAUAUUCAAUAAUAGCAAUUACGACAUGGGACCUAUUUGAAAUUAAAAUAUUCUGUGGCUUUCAAAACAACACAAAUCUUCAGCAAGGAAAAUAAUAAAUAUUCACUGUGGCUGGAACACUGUUAACUCUAUAAUUCUGUGCAAACAUUAUUUCGUCAUCAUUUAUUAAAAAUUGGACAAUAAAAUCUGUUUUCAUAUAGCAUCCAACAGACAUUAGUUGACAUUACAAAAAUGUUACAUUUGACAUUGGACUGCAGCCGAUGGUUGCUGACCAUUUUGGGGUACAGGUCUAAGUCAGCUCAAAAUGGACAAAUCGUGUUGGUGUUCAGAGGGGAAAGUUGGUUUGUGUAAUAAAUUGAGGCGCUCGAUUAUCUUUAUCUCUUUUUACAUUUGUAAGCAUUAACUUAACAUUUGUGAAUAUUGAUUUUUACAGAUACUUAGUAUAAGUUGUCAAUUAUAUAUCAUGAAAUUAUAGUCUCAUUCUGACAUCAACUCUUUAGAACAAGCGUUUAGAUUAGGACAACGAACAAAAUGUCGGAAUACGAUGCUAAUCCGUUUUCAGAUCCAUUUGCUGACCAAUCGGUUACAAAUGCCACUGCAAAUUCUCAGGAAGCUAAUUUGGAAGAUUAUAACCCAUUUGCUUCUCAGCCAAAGUCGCAGCCAGCUGUGAUGGAACCCAGCUCUAAUCCACCACCUUAUACACCUGAACCUGCAGCAGUAGCGAGUCCACAGCCUCCUCAACAAGCAUCAGCAGGACAUGAAGAACUAUUGAGAAGGCAAGAAGAGUUAGAGCGGAAAGCUGAAGAACUGAAUAGAAGAGAGCAACAGAUGAAUGCUGGGAAUUUCAAUCCUAGAGCCAAUAACUGGCCUCCUAUUCCAAAGUUUUGUCCGAUCGGGCCUUGCUUUUUUCAAGAUUUCUCUCUUGACAUACCUGUGGAGUUUCAACGAACAAUUAAAAUGUUGUAUUACUUGUGGAUGUAUUAUGUAGUUAUUCUAUUUAUCAAUGUCUUCUCAUGUUUGGCCGUGUUCACACAAGAUUCUGGUCAAGGUGUCGGCUUUGGUUUGGCAAUAUUGUGGUUCUGUCUCAAUGCUCCUUGUUCAAUGUGCUGGUACAGACCUGCUUACAGUGCUUUCAAAUCAGACAGCUCCUUCUACUUCUUCUUCUUUUUCUUCAUCAUGUUCUGUCAGUUUGUAACAAGUGUGGUGAUGUGUGUUGGAAUUCCCAACUCAGGAUAUGCUGGAUGGAUUCUUGCUUUUUCCUACACAAAUCAUAUUGGGGUAGCAAUCAUGUGCUACACUCAAGCAGUCCUAUUCACAGUCAAUGCUGUAGCAGAUGUUCUUCUGCUUAAGAAGGUACAUUCCAUCUACAGAACUACGGGUGCAAGCUUCGAGAAGGCCCAACAAGAGUUUGCCAGUGGAGUUAUGAAGAAUCCUGGUGUUCAGAGAGCAGCAGCUGAUGCAGCUACCGCUGCAGUCUCUAGCACAAUAAACAACAAAUAAAUAAUUUUGAUUUAUCAAUAGACAAAAAAGUAUAUUAAAUAUGCUGUCAAUGGUGUUGGCAACACAAACAGCAAUAAGUCUGCUGUGUAGUAUCCGCCCGAGCAGGGUAAUGUGCAUUGUAGUUGUAUAAUCGUGAUUUACAUUGUUUAUAUAAAUGUGGUUCAGUCAAGUUAUAUUUAAAAUCAUGCUAUCAGCGGUGAGUAAGAAUAAAAAACAAAUGAUGUUUUCUUGUCCAUAGCCAUUGUGUUGAUGAUUGUUAUGCAUGACAAAACUAUAUAUACCUGCUGUAAACUUUAUUGUGGUAUCGUGAUUUCUUUGGUAACUACAUCUAUAUUCUUUUCUUAUGAUUAUACACUGAGUUGUGUACUUAAUUUUUUUUUCAUUAUUUAGUUCUUAUGUUGUUAGUAUAACAAUUUAGUAUGUUAGUAUCUAUAUUAUUAUUUAUCAACUAUACAUAGAUGGAGCUAGUUAGCCAGUACAAAGUCGUGUGUAUUUCAUCACAUAUGGUGUAAUUCAAAAUAAUGCUCUCAUUUCCAUGUUUUCUCUGAGCCCCAAAAUGACAUUGUUGUAAAGUAUAAAUUGCGUUGUCUGUAACUGCCACUCAAAUUCAUCUAAUUGUUCCAGUUUUAAAAAAAGGACAUUUUCAAAGCGGUAGAAUUGUUGUUUUAAGCCAAGAAGUCUGUGGUUUAAUAUUGAGCUUAUGUUGGCUAUAUUUUGGACGAUUGGUUUAUUUUUAGCAGAAGUUUCAAAUUGUGUCAUCAGAUAAAUACAGCAAAAAAAAUUAGAAAUUAGUUGAAUUUUAGUAUUGCCCAGCCUAGAUAUUGCUUUGGAUUUUUGCCAGAUGUUUGAAAGUUCUAUUUUGUACAAUUCUAUGGCAAAAUAUUAUUUCCAUAGAGCAGCAUGAUAUUAUAAAAUCAUAUACCAAGUUUCUUUAUAUAUACAUAAUAUAUGUUGUACUUUUGGGUUAAUUUUGAGAAUCAAAGUUCAAUUUUUAAAUUAAGUGAAUCAACAUCACUAUAUAUCAAUCUUCAAAAUUUCUGUCAUGUUAUAAUACUAUCUCGAGUUCCUUUUCUUAUCUUCUUAUCCCUUUACUAUCUCUCAUAAGAUUGGUACUUUUGUUCAAUUUGACAUUGUUUAGAAAGGUGGAAUAUUCUAAUUCAAUAUGGAUAUUGGAUACAUUAUGUCAAUAUAUUGUAAUUUUUUGUCGUGAUGUUCACUGAAUGAAUAAUUGAUAUAUUAAUUGGGUAAUAAAGUUUUGAAUUUCAUGGAAACAGAGGGAUUGGGAAAAAUGUUUUCGAAAUCACAACUCCUGGCAGUCAACUGUUACAGUUAAACAUUUCUAAUGCAUGAUCCAAAAACUUUUGUAAUUACAACGGGGCAGUAUCACACAUGGGGAGUGUUCAUCUGUGUAUUAAUUAAUUACAUAAGUCUGUGUAUUAUUGUAUGUACAAUUAACAAACGAUUGACAAAUAAACUAUUCGUUUAUUUUAAUUUUUUCAGUUUAAUUAGACAAAAAUUUUUGUUCUCACAUCCUAUUGAGUUUGGGACAUUGAGUGUAAAUCUUACAUAGAUUCAUCCUCUUGGCUUUGGGACAUUGAGUGUAAAUCUUACAUAGAUUCAUUCUCUUGGCUUUGGGACAUUGAGUGUAAAUCUUACAUAGAUUCCAUCAUUUGUAUUCGAGUACUGUCGUGUUAUACUUCAUUUCAUCUUCAUUAUACAAAUAAUGCUCUGGCGGCUUGUGAAAACUUAUGGUAUAUAAACUUUUAAUAAAAUAUGUUUAAAAAUAUUUUCAUCUAUUGAAAUCAAGCACAAUCACAUAGAAGUAUAUUUCAAAUUUCAUUUUGAGAAUUUUUGCUUUGCAUUUGCUUUUUUCAAAAAUUGCUCAGAAAUAUGCAUGUAUUUGUAUAUCUGUAGGAUGUGCAAGCUUAUCUUCUCAGUUUGUUCAAUUGGACAUGAUUAUUGCACCUGCUUCAUUGGCUAAGAAGAUUUUCUAGGAUCUUACGAUGAUAAAUUUGACUGCAUGCUCACUGAUAAUAUAUGUUUGAAAUGAUGUAGUCCAUUGAAUUUCUUCAAGUAGAAACA